AUGUCACGGGUACUUCAUCAUUGGAGAUGUUCUGCUCUGCAGGCAGCGGCGCAGGAUGAUGGCUGGCUGGCGCCGAUAUCGAGUGGCUUGAACUACUCGCUGCAGCAGAUUCAGACGGGGCUGGAUCAAUUACACGUCCCGUACUCGUAUGGCUGGGCCAUCAUCGUGCUCACAGUCGGCACCAAAAUCCUCACCUUCCCCUUCACCAAAGUGGAGUCAGCUCUGGCGGUGCAGAAGCUCAAGCCGACAAUAGAUGCAAUCAAGCGUCAGUACGGCGAAGACAAGAACUCCAUCCAGAGGGAGACCUCUGCGCUCUAUGAGGCCUCCGGUGUCAACCCAGCUGCCGGGUGCCUGCCUACUCUGGCGACUAUCCCCAUCUUUUGGGGCCUGUACAGGACGCUGUCCAAUGUGGCCUCGGCCGGCCUGCUCACAGAGGGCUUCUACUGGAUCCCCUCACUCUCUGGGCCCACCUCCCUGGCUGCCCAGCGGGCAGGCACUGGCACAGCGUGGCUCUUCCCAUUCGUGGACGGCGCGCCGCCGGUCGGCUGGGAGGACGCAGCGCGCUAUUUGGCGCUGCCAAUCGCGUUAGUCGCCGCGCAGUUCGCGUCUUCGGCCGUCAUAUCUCCCCCCAUAGACGACGAGGACAAGAAUGCAGCGUUUUCAAAGGGGCUGCUGAUCGCCGUGCCCUUCAUGGUCGGCUGGUUCGCGCUGAACGUUCCCUCCGGCCUCAGCCUGUACUACUUCUCCAAUACUAUCAUCACCAGCGGCAUCCAGAUCUGGCUGCGCAAGCUUGGAGGUGCUUACUCACCCCUACUUUUACUCACCUUUAUUCACUGGCCGACUGUGCGCGCUUGCUCGUCGUUUCUCUGUUGUCCCAGGCAGGCAAAUUCAUGCGCGUCCUUGUUUCUGGUCCCAGGCAACCACUUGUUUGCUUGUUGGGCAAGGCGGGACUUUUAUGUACAGCUGUCUUGGUAA